CCCUUCCUCUGAUGGGGUCUAAGCCUGGUGGGCUGGGGUCUAAGCCUUACAAGAGGUCAGUCCCUGAGCCAGUUGGCGAUGGCCGGACUCUUUGGAACCCUUGUAAGAGGCCAACUCUUUCUGGAGGGCAGACUACAAGGGAUAAAUCUUGGCAAGAUAAGAGCUCCGUCAUGUUGGCCAACACCACCCUGAAGCCACUCUGUCCCAUCUUGGAGCAGAUGAGCCAACUCCAGAGCCACAGCAACUCCAGCAUCCGCUUAAUCGACCAUGUGUCUGUGCUGCUGCACGGGGUGGCCUCGCUGCUGGGCCUGGUGGAGAAUGGACUCAUCCUCUUCGUAGUGGGYUGUCGCAUGCGCCAGUCGGUGGUUACCACCUGGGUGCUGCACCUGGCGCUGUCUGACCUGUUGGCCGCUGCCUCCCUGCCCUUCUUCACUUACUUCCUGGCUGUGGGACACUCAUGGGAGCUGGGCACCACCUUCUGCAAACUGCACUCUUCUAUCUUCUUCCUCAACAUGUUUGCUAGCGGCUUCCUGCUCAGCGCCAUCAGCCUGGACCGCUGCCUGCAGGUGGUGCGGCCGGUGUGGGCGCAGAACCACCGCACGGUGGCCGUGGCCCACAAAGUCUGUCUGGUGCUCUGGGUCCUGGCUGUGUUCAACACCGUGCCCUAUUUCGUGUUCCGGGACACCAUCCCCCGGCUGGACGGGCGCAUCAUGUGCUACUACAACGUGCUGCUUGUGAACCCCGGGCCUGACCACGACACCACGUGCGACUCGCGCCAGACCGCCCUGGCGGUCAGCAAGUUCCUGCUGGCCUUCGUGGUGCCGCUGGCCAUCAUCGCCUCAAGCCAUGCGGCUGUGAGCGUGCAGCUUCGCYACAGGGGCCGCCGGCGGCCGGGUCGCUUCGUGCGCUUGGUGGCGGCCAUCGUGGCCGCCUUCGUGCUCUGCUGGGGGCCCUACCACAUCUUCUGCCUGCUGGAGGCGCGGGCGCACUCAGUCCCUACGCUGCGGCCGCUUGUGUGGCGCGGGCUGCCCUUCGUCACCAGCCUGGCCUUUAUCAACAGCGUGGUCAACCCGCUGCUCUACGUGCUCACCUGCCCCGACGUGGUGCGCAAGCUGCGGCGCUCGCUGCGCACAGUGCUGGAGAGCGUGUUGGUGGACGACAGCGACCUGGGCGGCUGGGCCGGCAGCCGCCGCCGUCGCGCCUCCUCCACCGCCACCUCGGCCUCCUCCCUCUCGCUCGCGGGCCGCCUCGCGCCCCCGCUCCGCCCCGGGCGGCUCCUCCGCUGGCUUCGAGGCAACAGCGCAGAGCCUUCGCAGAGGGACCGGGCACGAUCCCAAGACGAAAGGGGACCACUGAACCGGGCGCUGAGCACCACCUCGGAUUAGCCCAACGGCCUGCGCUGCCCGGAACUCAGGGCUCGGACCUGCUUUCUCCCCAAGGCAGAGGCAAGGCUCGAAUYAAGCGUCAAGACUACCGCAAGGCCUCGUGAGCGCUCAGGAGUCAGCGUUUUGAAGCACCCUGAGUGACUUAAGUUUUUUCAGAAACGACCUGGUUGAAACCGGGCUUCUCAAACCUUGAAGUGCCUAUAAGUCACCUGGGAUCUUGUUAGUUUAUUUCAGUGGGUGGGGCGGGGCGCGGAGAUUCUGCUUUUCUAAUACUUCCCAGGCAGUCACCAAGUGCUGCUGAUCCAAGGACCACACUUGGAGUAACAUGAGGCUAAACUCAAAAGACUUUUUAAGACUAGCAGACAGAGUCCCAAUGGUACAACUCCCUGGAGCCCAAUUUUACCAGCUGAUGUGACUGUGGAAGGCUAGGGUAGGAUAGUUGUACAAAUUUUUGGAGUAAAAUGAGAAAGGUUUGAGAAGCACCAUUCCAGAUUAAGGCCUUCAGGUUAGGUACUCAGCCAAGGUUUGAACUAGAUGCUUUCUUCUGCAAAUCUUCAGGAUUAGCUUCAUGGGGUUCAGGGAGCUUAACUGUGUUAACUCUGUUCACUCCAUUCCUAUUCUGAGAGCACAUCUAAGACCUACCCAAGCUACUUAGUACUGUCCAGAGCCCCGGGGGUGCCAUGGUCAAGUGCUUGGGAAACCUGGGCUAAUCCAAGUCACUGUGCAUUGUUAUUGGAGGUCUAGCCUUUGGCAUCUGAAUGGACACAGCAAUUCACAGCACAUGACAUUUUCUAGUGAACCUGACCAUGGCAUCCUGAGCCCUGGACAGGACUGGCAUCCUACAAGAUGCCCUUUGGACAGUUAAUCCCAAGGUCUUUGCAGCACCUGCCACCUGCCCACAUGGGGAAUGGGGAGCAUCACUUUCAAUGGAUGCACAGGUGGGGCAGCUUGUACCUCUGUGUAGCACUUCCACGGCAUGGUCCCUAAUGCCUCUGCCCACCACGGACUGGAGGGCAGACUGCUGUGCCUCAGUGCCGCACGCCAAGGACUGACAGCUGGUGCCAGCAAAUAUUUGUUUGGUUGGCGGAACAUCAGUGGAAGAGCAGGGAUGAGAAAGUCUUUGUGAUCUUGGUCCAUUACUCCUGACCACUGAAGGCCGGGGCCACCAAGGACCAGGGUGGCCAGCUGUUAAUUCUGGGUGCCAGGCAGGGCAGCCCACAGCAUGUGCACUGCAAACUGGAUAGCCAGAUGUCACCCUGUGUGGCCUCCUGCUCCUGCUGUUUCUCAGCACUUUUCACACCAGACACACCACACACUUGACUUGCUUACGUUUUUCCCAUCAGAAUAAAAGCUCCCGAGGGCAGGGAAUUUUGUCUAUAUUCCCUGGUGCCCAGAAUUGUACCUGUA